AUGGUGUCCCUCUUCUCUGGCCGUGUCUUGAUCAGAAACAACAGCAAGCAGGAUAAGUUGGAGACUGAGGCCAAGUUGAGCCACAGGCUGGAGAACUGGCUAGUGCUGCUGUUUUUCGGCCCCAGGUGCCAGGCCUCUGCACCCACCCUCAAAGACUUCUUCUUGCAGCUCACAGACCAGUUCUACGUGCUUCGGGCUGUGCAGCUGGCCCUAAUCUGCGUGUCCCAGGACCCUACAGAGGAGCAACAGGACCUGUUCCUCAGAGACAAGCCAGACUAG